CCAGGUUCCAGCUGGCUCCCUCAUCAAUAAUCGAUUGACGUCGCGCUCGACGGUCUCAACGAUGGCAAGAACGGUUGUCAAUCGAGGAGAUGCGAUGAUGAACCUUCGCCAACAUGGUGGCCCUUAUUCGAUGUGUCAAGCUUUUCUCAGCAGCGAGGAACUUGACAUGCAGUUCAUGUUUUCACUUGGUGAAUACACGAAGGGCUUCGUAUCUGUCGUUCUUGGGCGCGGCAUUCCUCUCUGUGCAGUCAAUUCGGAAAGGAUAUCAAUGCCAACUCUUUACCGCUCGGCUAUACGACCCCAGCUCAACAUACAAGCUGUAGAAGGCUAAAAAAAGCCUAACGAUCACGAACUCCCUAAUUCGCUGGUUACACUCUGCUGGGAAAGUUGAAGCGAGUCGUGGGUGAUACUACUACCUCCGCCGAUUAACGUUUAAGUGCAUCUUCCCUGGGCAUGGAAAAACCCGAUGCACGAGCUCUCUACGAUUCUCCUCUGAUAUCAAUCAGACUACUUCGAUGGACGAUAGAUAGAUUUCUCAGCAUUUGGAAAUGGAACGGCAUCUUAAUCUUCAAAUGAUAGACUUGGCCCCGCC